AUGGCGCUUGUUCUGAACUUUUGGCAGAAACGACGGUCGUCGAAUCCUUCAGCAGACAUUCCAGAUCCAGACGACGAAGCGACCAUUAUGAACAACCAAAGCGAUUCGCAACAAGACCUCCUUCAUCCGGAACAAGAACAAGAGGAAGACGAGUUUUUUGAUGCUGUACAACAUGAUGAUCAUCCGAGUCAAGAAGAUGACGAUGCACAAUCCACUCGAUCGUCUCUGUCUUCCCAUUCUUCCUCUUCUUCCUCUUUAGAAGAACGACUGAUUCCACGAGAGCGUCACUCCUAUUUACCGGGCCCUUCUCAUCCACUCAUGGCAAGCAGUCGCGUGGAAGAUGACGACGACAACGAUCAGCAACAACAACAGCAAGAUUACGUACAACCACGAAACCCUCUGUCCAACAACAACAACAACAACGACUCCUCGUUGGAACUUGCCAUUCUCGAAUUACCGGGGCUGGUACUAUUUCCCGGCGCCACCAUUCCCAUUCGAUUGCAAAAUCGAGCGUGGAUUCAACACUUGGGACAACAAAUUGACGCCUCUCGCAAAAUUGGAUCGUCCGAUUUUGGACGGCCCGUGCAAUUGGGUAUUUUGGUGCUGGCGGAUGACAAUGAUGACUUGCCGCCAGAAACAAGAGCACGGCACGAAGAUGGACGGCGGCGAUCCUCCUUUUUGCGACGCGGCGUAAGAAAUUCACGACAACAGCAACGAUUGUCCCGGAUUCUGAUUCGAGAAUUGUCGGGAGACAGUAUUUUGGAUGACACUACGAGUAAUAGUGAUAGUAGUGACAAUGAUGACAACAACAAUCCUCCACCACGAAUGAAUCGACAUGCGUUUGUCGGCCGUGUGGGCACCAUUGCGACGGUCACGUAUACACAUGGCGAUGCCGUCUUGGACAAUAAUAACAACAACAACAAUCCAAACAAUUCCUCCAGAGUAUGGCAACAACAUGCCGAACAACAGGGAGAACUCAUUCUCCAAGCCGUCGGGACUACGCGAUUUCGAGUACAACAAUACAUUGACUUUCAAAGUUUUGCCGACGUGCAAGUCUUUCGUGUCCAACCCUUUCGACAAGAUGAUCGUCCCUUGGUGAAUCCUACUGGCCUACUGAACAGUGUCAUUCGACGGAAAUUUCCAGCACCAGAUCCAGCACUAAUUGACACUGCGGAAUUUGAAUCAUCGACGGAUGAACAAUCGUUUCAUCAUCACCUUAAUACUGGAAAUCAUUCCACCCGACGACGAUCCAGCAAAAUGGCACGCAUCCAUCCCGCAACAACAAUUAUCAAUUCCAAGUACGCGGUGUCACACCAUGAAUCCUUGAUUCGACACUUGGCACUCGUGACACCCACGCCGCAUCUCGCCUACCGAAAAGUAUGGCCCUGGGGAAUGGUGGGACGAAUCGUCGAGACUAUCCAAGCCUCCAACAACAAUAAUCAACAGUCCAGUCUCUUGACAUCGUUGGCCGAGCUGUUGCGAGAUCCCGAAACGGCAACACUCAUGGAUCACCCCACGGCAUUUUCCUUUUGGAUGGCAUCCCAAAUGCCACUGUCGGUAAAAGAAAAGUAUCAUCUCCUCCAAUUGCCCACCACGGUGGAACGACUCGUCAAGCUUCAACAGCAUUUGACGGAAUACACAUCCUCCCGUCCCACGGCCAUUUGUUGCAAAGCGUGUCGGAUUCCACUCUCCACCGUCGAUUGUGUCUUUACCGUAGGCGGUGCUGAAGGAACGACCGGCAAUUAUGUCAAUGAACACGGGUUUAUUCAUCAGGUCGUCACGCUGCGGCAGGUGGAAGACGAACAUCGCAAAGUCUAUUGCGCGGGAGGCGCCAGUACGGAAAAUUCCUACUUUCCAGGGUAUAGUUGGACCAUUACGUACUGCGCGCGGUGUGGAUCCUUGUUGGGAUGGAAGUUCCACUGGGUGGGGCUAGAAGAAGAUCAGCAAAACGACAAUGCUGCCAUGGAGGAGCAGGAGACUGCGACCGCAGCCAUGGAGGAGGAGACUGCGACCACAAUGACAGGAAGGUCCAGACGACGGAGAAGUAGUCGGCGACAGAGUCAUCACUCUGCCAAUCGGCCCCCGUCGUUCUAUGGAUUCAUGUCCUCUAGUCUCAUCACGGAUCAGUCCGUGGAUGUGGUGUAG